AAAGUAGUUUCUAUUUAGAAAAGAAAAGGUUUUUUCUCUAUCUCUUUCGAAGAUAACGUUGUUUGUCAUGUGGGUUUGUUCUUGCAUGUAGCUUUAAAUAUUUGAGUUUUUAAUAUCAUUUUGUUUAUUCUUGACGUCAAUUGUUUUUGCUUUCUUAUUAGAAUUGUUUAUCAAAUUCCUUACACAUGAUAACAGAACGACUUGUUUCAAAGGUUGACGAAACAAAAGAAAAAUAUGCAUGAUUUUAAGGUUGAUGCUAAAUAGUUUUAGCUGAGGCUGAGCUGGCUCCUUCGGAUGAGCUUAUUUUUCUAAUCAUUGAUUUGUCCUUGGCUUGGUGGAAGUCGUUCCUCAGUCCAUUUGUUUCUUCAUAUCCAUAUGGUUUUGUUUCAUUUUAUCAAAAAGGUGUUGGACUUUUUAUCUUUUCUAUGUAUUUUCUCUUUUAGGUACUUUUAAAAAUGUUGCAGCCUUGCAGGCCAAGGUUCUUACUUACUGUACAUUGACAUGUUCUUAAGUUUACAGAUGAACCACCUGUGUUGUUGGUGAUAGUGCAUAAGCUAGUUAUGUGGAAUUGGUCAACGUUAAUUGUUCACUUCUGCGUUGUGUUCUGCUGGAAAAUUUAAAUUUUUAAUAAGUUUCAUCUGUAAGGCUUGUGAUUAUCUCUUUGAUAUACUUGUGAUUAUCUUGAGCUUUAGGAUGAGCACUAAACAUGUCUUCCACAUUUUUAAAUAUUUCAUGUCAUACUCAUUACCAAUAUUAUAGUAGAAUUUUCAAUAUGGAUUUGAUUUAUUUACUCUUAUGGUCAACUAUUCUGGUGAUCAUUCUUCUAAUCAUGGUUAAGUCGUUGACUUGCUGUGAAAGUAUACAUGACAAUUCCACCAUCUUGGUCUCUUGUGAUAACCAUCUUGGUCUCUCCCUGCAAAAUGGCCAACUCAAUCCUCCUCUUUUCAUCUGUUUUGCUUCUCCCUUUGGUCUGUUCAGUUCAGUUCAACAUAACUCGUUUCACGUCAAAUAGUCCUGAAGUAGCAUACCAAGGAGACGCAAGAGCAAACGGCGCCGUCGAGCUUACCAACAUUGACUACACAAGCCGUUCCGGUUGGGUUACCUACGGUAAAAAAAUCCCUCUUUGGGAUCCACAAACCGGCAACCCUUCGGACUUCACCACGCGUUUCUCCUUCAGGAUCGAUACACGUGGCGUUAAGUACGGUAACUACGGUCACGGCUUCGCUUUCUUCCUAGCUCCAGCUGAGAUCCAAAUGCCUCCAAACUCAGCUGGUGGCUUCUUGGGUCUGUUCAACGAAACAGACGUCCUCUCUUCCUCUUUCCCGCUAUUUCACGUCGAGUUCGACACCUUUACUAAUCCGAACUGGGAUCCUCUAGACAUGGCUUCUCACGUGGGAAUCAACAACAACUCUCUAGUUUCUUCUAGCGUGACUUCUUGGAACGCGUCCGCACACAGCCAAGAUAUUGGCCGUGUGCGGAUCUUCUACGAUUCCGUUAGAAGAAACCUGAGCGUAUCCUGGACCUACGACUUAACAUCCAAUCCUAAUGAGAAUUCGAGCCUUUCUUACAUCAUCGAUCUCUCGAAAGUCCUGCCGUCAGAAGUCACUGUUGGAUUCUCCGCGACGUCUGGGAGCGUCACGGAAGGAAACAGGCUUCUGACGUGGGAGUACAGUUCAGACCUGGAGCUACGAGAUAUCAAGAAAAGCCAAGAAGACAAGAAAAAAGGGAUGAUCAUCGGCGUUUCGGUGUCCGGGUUUGUUUUAGUAACGUUCUUCAUUGUCUUGCUAAUAACCUUCUUGAAAUGGAAAUAUCGGAGGGAGAAGGCAGAGGAGGAGAAAGAGAACUUGACGUCGAUCAACGAGGAUCUCGAAAGAGGAGCAGGACCGAGGAAGUUUUCUUACAAGGAACUCGCCUCGGCCGCUAACAACUUCUCGGUCGAUAGGAAGCUAGGGGAAGGAGGAUUUGGAGCCGUGUACAAAGGCUACUUAACCGGGUUAGACAUGAUGGUCGCCAUCAAGAAGUUUACGGGCGGGUCUACGCAGGGGAAAAGAGAGUUCGUAACGGAAGUGAAGAUAAUCAGCAGUUUGAGGCAUCGGAACUUAGUGCAGCUCGUCGGCUGGUGUCACGAAAAAGAUGAAUUUCUGAUGGUAUACGAGUUCAUGCCUAACGGUAGUUUAGACGCUCACCUCUUUGGUAAAAAACCGCAGCAUCUCGCUUGGGGUGUGAGGUGCAAGGUGACUCUCGGUAUAGCCUCCGCGCUGCUCUAUCUCCACGAGGAGUGGGAGCAGUGCGUUGUGCAUAGAGAUAUUAAAGCGAGUAACGUGAUGCUGGACUCUAGCUUCAACGCCAAGCUUGGUGAUUUCGGGUUGGCUAGGUUGAUGGACCACGAGGUGGGCCCACAGACUACGGGGCUUGCGGGGACCUUUGGUUACAUGGCUCCUGAGUAUAUUAGCACGGGAAGGGCGAGUAAAGAGUCUGAUGUUUAUAGCUUUGGAGUUGUUACGUUGGAGAUUGUUACGGGGAGAAAGUCUGUUGAUCCGAGGCAAGGGAGAGUGGAGCCUGAGGCGAGCCUUGUGGAGAGAGUGUGGGAUUUGUAUGGGAAAGGUGAAUUGAUCAAAGGUGUUGAUGAGAAACUUGGGGGUGAUGGUUUUGAUGAGAAGCAAGCGGAGUGUCUUAUGGUUGUGGGGUUGUGGUGUGCUCAUCCUGAUAGGAACUCGAGGCCUUCGAUAAAACAAGCGAUCCAGGUUUUGAGUCUCGAAGCGCCGUUGCCUCAUCUUCCGACCAAAAUGCCUGUUGCUAGUUAUCAUGUGUCGUCUUCGAGUACUGCGACCUCGGUUAGCUCUGGUGGAGCUGGGACAGCAACGUUUUCAAGUGCUCAACUUGGUCGUUGAGCAGGAUCUCUGUUUGCUGUGUUAUAUAUUCUUUUUUCUUCUCUGUGUGGGUGUGCGUGUUGUGUUUAGUUCUUGUGCUUCUCUGUGUUUCUUGUUUCUGUUACAGUGUUACUCUUGCUUGCCACAGAAGGUAGCUAUUUACUGUUUCCAUCUUCAAAUGAAUUCAUUAAUGACAAUUCUCAAGAGUGUUGGCUUGUGUGUGUGGACACAUAACUGCAUCAGAAUAAUUUGUUUCAAAACAAAAUUUUGGGUCCUUCAUAACUCGUCUCGUUGGAUUGGGAUUUUGUAAAAUUAAGGAAAAUAAUCAUAAAAUAAAACAUUACAGCGCGCCAGGUAGGGGUCGAACCUACGGCCUUCUGCUUAGGAAACAGACGCUCUAUCCACUGAGCUACAGGCGCUAGUGAUUGAUAUGCAAACCUAAUUAAAAUUAUUCUAUUUGUAAAUUGCAUAUAAUGGAGAAAACC